AUGCAUGAAAAUGUGUAUGAGACAAGUAUUCCGGCAGAAAAUAUUUUACACGGAUUGGCCCCGCCGUUAAAUAAAGAUAUUAUUCUUAAGGCGCUUAAGAGGGACCAAGACAAAGUGCUAAACCCAAGGAUCGAACCAUUCACAAGUGUCACAAAUGCAUAUGACUCACUUAUUCCAUACCACAUAUUCAUAUCCCCAACAUAUGACGAUUUAAUAUAUAGCAGUGUAAAUAGGGUGCCGGAUAUACAGGACAUGACAGAGACACUUGAUAGCUUAACUAAAAUUCUUUGCACAGAAGAAGACUCGUUUAAUGAGCUAACUGUGAUGGAGGAAAGAUUAAAAGUAGAAGAGGAAAGGUACUAUCUCAACAAGACAAUAAACUAUAAAGAAACAAAGAUAAAAGAGAUUAAACAGAGAUUUAUCCGGUAA